AUGAAAAUCGCUGUUGAAGGCUGCUGCCAUGGUGAACUUGACAAGAUUUAUGAAACCUUGGAGCACUUGGAAAGAAAAGAAAGCAUCAAAGUUGACUUGCUUCUUUGCUGCGGAGACUUUCAGGCCGUUCGGAAUGAGAACGACCUCUGCUGCAUGGCUGUUCCACUGAAGUACCGGCACAUGGAGACGUUCUACAAGUAUUACUCCGGUGAAAAGAAAGCUCCUUUACUUACGAUCUUUAUUGGAGGAAAUCAUGAGGCCUCAAAUCACCUAUGGGAACUUCCCUACGGGGGAUGGGUAGCCCCCAAUAUUUACUAUCUGGGGUACGCUGGAGUUGUGAAUUUUGGUGGCAUCCGAAUUGCAGGUCUUUCCGGUAUAUAUAAGGGCCACGAUUAUAACAAGGGACAUUUUGAGAGGCCACCGUAUACUAAUUCUACAGUCCGCAGUGCUUAUCAUGUCAGAAGUUUGGAUGUUUUCAAAUUGAAAAUUCUUUCUCAGCCCAUUGAUAUAUUUAUGUCACAUGACUGGCCACUAGGCGUAUAUCACCAUGGAAACGUACAGGAACUAUACAGGUAUAAAGAAUAUCUAAGGUCAGAAAUUGAGUCAAAUACACUGGGAAGUCCGCCAGCUGGAGAACUUCUCACACUGUUAAGGCCUACGUACUGGUUUGCUGCCCACAUGCACACCAAAUUUCCAGCAUUGGUACCUCAUGAUUCUAAAGAUGGUCAUCAAUUCACAAAGUUCCUUGCAUUAGAUAAGUGCCUCCCAAGACGUGAGUUUUUACAAGUGAUCGAUUUGGGUCCAACAAAAGCUCCUUUACAACUGUGUUAUGAUCCUGAGUGGCUUGCGAUUUCAAAGCUUACAGACCCUCUCAGCAACAUGACUUCACACUUCACUGUCCUUCCAAAUCCUGAACAGCUGUCAAGGUUUACACCUGAUGAAAAAGUAGUUGAAGAAGUUGGAAAAGUGUUUGGCAAUCCACCUAACAUUCCUGAGAAUUUCAAGAUUACUACAGCACCUUUUAAUCCAAGCCACUCAAAGAAAAUUAACAUGGAGCAAGUUCUGCCUGUGAUUAAUCCUCAAACUGAAACCUAUUGUUCUAUGCUUGGAAUCAAGAAUCCUUGUUAUUCUGAGAAGAAGGCUGCUGAAACAUACAAAAAUCCUGAAGAAAUUGAUCUUAGUGAUGAUGAUAAUAUUUGUGCACCUAGUGCUGCAUCAUCCAGAAAUCCCGAUGAAAUUGGAAUUGACAGUGAUGACGAUGUUGAGAAUGAUGAUAACAAGGAUGUUAGUGAAAGUAACGUAGGCAUCAAUGACACAACUCAAUCAGGUCAAAUCAAAAGAUCUCAUCUUGAACUUCCAAAGCCUUCAAAUUCUUGUAUACUGGGUACAGAGAAUGCAUUAUUUGCAAGUGAUAGUUCUCACUGUGAUGAUAAGGGAUCUGACAGUGUGAUGACAGAGGAAUUUCCUGAAGAUUGUCAAAAGUUAGAGCCUCAGAAGAAGGUCUUGAAGCUCAAGAGGAGAAAUCAAUCACUUUACACAUCAAAUGACAAUGCAGAAGAUAGUGAUGACUGAAACAAACAACUUUAGUUUUAUUUUUUUAAAAGGAAUGAACUGACUACAGGCGAAUAGUCCAUUUUUGUAUCUAGAAUUACCUCUUAAUAACAAACACCAAAUUAUGAUGCAUUGAUACCAGGUUACUCUUGACCUGUAGUAAAGUGUUCACAAUUAGUGGCCGGAAGGUUUGAGAAAUUUGAGAAUAAACAAUAGAAAAAGUUGUAAACAGGUCUUUGUCUCACUGGAAUUUGUGGAUAAACAUGUAUGAAUUCACUUUCAGUGGAACCUAACAUGGUAAAAAGGCAUCUUCAGUACUUUUAAUCUGUUAGUCAUUGGAAACUUCCAGUAAACUGGAUUAUUAAAAUAUGUCUAUGAAAUAACCAGGGAAUAUACUGCAGUAAUACAGUAGUAUAUCAUUCAGUGCUUUCAGUUCGUAGUAGGUUGCAAGUGUAUAGGUAAUAUUCAAGGUCUUUCUUUACCCCUGUACAUACCUCUCACCAAAACAACACUGCAUUUGUACUUUCUGUCUUUUGCUUCCUACUACUCAAGUGCUUAAGUUUAACUUUGGCUAGUAGUUAGCACAGUUAACAUUUUAGUUAGUGUCCAAACUGAAGUGUAGCCUGAUUCUGAUUUCUCAGACGUCUGAGGUCUUGUGCGGUCUCUUUGCUUCCCUCCCUCUAAGGGACCUCGAACGACCUCGGAUGUCUGAGAAUCAGCCUAAGCUAACUCAAGUAGAGAUCAAAAAGGUAUUGUUUUUCCUAAACGGCAUUUACAUGACUGUGUUGGACAGUCAACACUAAAACUUGUGUUCAUUGUAUAUGAUUAUUCUAUUUUACCAUUUCUCUUUUAGUUUAUGAGUAAUAUUAAUGUGAUCCAGGUUUAUGCUUUUUGUCAGUCACGUAUACAUCCAUGACGGUUUCUGACGCUGACUUCCUCUUUUGGGUUUGAUAAACUCCAGCUUCAGAAAUAGUACUGAGAUCUUGCUUUUACUGGUGAUUAUACACAUAUAAGUGACAUUCAAUUACACACAUUGAUGUUUACGCAGUUGCCUGUAUUGACUCUUCUAUUUGCAAUCUUAGAAGCAAAAGCAUGUAGGAAAGAACAGAACAAUGUCAGAAAGGUGACCACACUGCCUGGGGGGUGGGAAGGGGGGGGGGGGAGGGAUGGUUGAUGUUCCACACUGUUAUUUCUUCACUGCCAUCCCAAACUCGUUCAUGUGAGGACCUGUUGUAAAUGAAAAAUAUAUAUAAAUCUGGUAAUAUUACAUGACAUUGUGAUUUAUCGGGUUCAUAUAGAAAAUGCAAAACACGGACAAAAACAGUACCAGAUGUAUUAAUUUUUAACAAAUGCUCACAUGGUGAUUUGGGAUACCUGUGACAUCUUGCCUAUUUUUUAAAAGCCCACUACACAAUAUUGAACUAUGGCAUAGCCAUCAAGGAAAUAGGCUGUGUUUUAAUAAAUGUUUCUGAUUAUGCUAGCCUGCAUAGCAGGCUCUUGGAAGUAGUGGGCACAAGAAAGAAUGGGCACGUGAGGGGAGAGGGAGCCUGUCUUGCUCUUGUGCACGCGUUCUUUCUUGCGCCCACUACUUCCAAGAGCAGGCUAUGAUUAUGCAAGAGAUUCUCUAGAGACAAAGAAAUUGUGUCGUUAUCAUAAGUUUGGACAGCCCAUGAAAAUAGCCAACAUUUUACAACCCCACCACUGGUUUUUAAAAAAUUCCUCGCAAAAUGACAUCUUAGGAAUGAGUGCAGAAAUUUCGUACUGAUGACAAGUCACUACCCAGAUCUGGGUAGUGCUUCUGAUUUGUUCUGCUGCCAGAAAAAUUUGCUACAACCAAUCAGAAGCACUACCCAUAUGUCAUCAGUAUGGAAUUUUGGCAGUUGUUUCUUAGGGGUUAUUUUGCAGGGAAACCAGUGCUGUCGUCACGAAAUGUGAGUGAAAAUUGAGCCAUGACCUUAAUGGCGUUUGUGAAGGAGACUAGAGUUUGGAUGGUCCUAGAGAAAUGCAGAAAUAGAUACUUUACCCACAAUUUCCUUCCAUCCAAACCCUGUACAGGUCACGUGCGAGCGAAACGCGAAAGCUUUGUGAGCCCGCGACCUAAUGCUCGAGCUGACAGUUGUAAAGCAUGCGCAUUGGAGCUAAAACCACGCGCGGAAAAGAAAAUGGCGGACGUGCUCGAUGUAGAUGUUGAAGACAAAGGAGGUUUUUCAGAAGACGAAGGCGAUGGUAAGUGCUAAAAAACUGUUUUAAACUGAAGAUUGUUCGCCAUACAAGAGUUAUGCCGUUGACUAUUUUGCAGAUAGUAUUCAGAGAUUGAAGUCUGCUGUCACAAAGCGAAAAGGAAGAGGAUUCAAAGCCGGUAUUAACACUUUAGCUGAAUGUUACUUUGCGUUGCUCUUCCACCACAAAUGUUAUCACUUAUUUUAUAUGUUGCGUGAAUUUCAAAAUAGCACUGUUGCCUGGUCUUGAGACAUGUCGCCGCUUUUCCAAAAUCUAGUAAAGCUCAAAAACACAACCACUUUGUACUCAGGCAUGUGAAAACAACAAUUGUGGCGUGGGCUUUUGUCAUCAUUGCGUAUAACUCGUGGUAGAAGUGAUCCACAAGUCAGUUAAUUGUGGCAUUGAUGGAAACAGUAUCCUUUAUGCGCUCUCUAGCACAAGGUUUUCAAAAUUUAUACUUUGUCAGUUACAGGAAACUUUGUUUAAACCAAAGCCAUGAACUAAUUUGAAAUCUGCAGAUUGAGGAAGAUUUUUUGAACCUGUAAAUUGCAGAAAUACACUGUGUACUGACAAGAUUUUAAACCCUUGGGAAAAGGAAAUUGGUUAAGAAAAUCAGAACUUUUGAGAAAGUGGGGUAGAAUACAGAGUUUGACUUUUGAAAAGAAAGUCAACUUUGCCUCUAAUUAUUGAGGGGUUUGAGAAAGCAGGUUAUUGGAACGAUGUUUAACUUAGACUGUGGUUUAGGAAAUUUUUGGACCUCCAGAUAUCUUCUUUAAAGGGUUAUUUUAAAAAGAAAAAGGCUUUUCUAGUCUACGCCAUAUGCUUCCAUGAAACUGUUCAUGAUUAAAUGAUGUUUACAUAAAAGUGUUUGUUAGUGACAUUUCGAGUUGCGUUACAUUAUGUGCAUCCUGACAAUUAUCAUGUGUUUUGGUCUUGUGACGUUGUUGUUGAACUCGGACUCUUGGAUGGAACUUGACUAGAGACUUGUCGAGAUUUAUAUGCGAGAUUUGUCGAGAUAGGUUUGUUUUGUUUUGUUAAGAGCUUACAGUCUUGGAAUAGAAACAACAGUGUUUGGCAAACUGAAAACAGGCUUAGAAUACAGUUUUAUUAAACACUAGCUAAACUCCAUUGAAAUAACUGGUCCUUAGGGUUGAAAAAAUUAGGAUUUUACUGCUGUUCUAAAGAUGCUUAGAAACCAGAGCAGCUUGCAUUGUAAACUACCUGACAAUUUUGUUUGAAUAUUUCAGCUGAUUCUUCGUCCCAUUCUAAAGAACAAUAUGAAUCAAUGGAAACAGAUGAUAGUAGUGGAACAGGCCCAGCUAGAUGUAAGUUUUUAAAUCUGCCAAAAGAAACUCUGCUUAUUCUUGAUGCUAGAGAAUAUAUAACACACAGGGCUGUUAUUUAGGCCCAGAGAACCGGAAUUUUUCUCUUGCCAGUAGAAAUGAGAGCCCUAGCCAUUUUUCUAGAAACACAAUGUUUUAUUUUAAUAAUACAAGAUGUCAAAUCCCUGGCUACUUUCCCCAGGGGGAAAAAACAAAGUUGGGAAAGCUAUGACUGUUAUUUGUGUAACUUUAAAAACCUGUAAAAGCAUUAUAGAAAAUCAAUCUGAGAAAAUUGUAAAGCUAAAAAUGUUGCUGCUGUACGUGAGCAUUGUAGCCUGAGAAAACAGCUGACAUUUUGUGACACCAUCGAUCACUGGUUUCCUCGCAAGGUGAUGUCUGACAAUAGAGUGCAGAAAUUCCAUACUGAUGACAUGACAUUGCCAAGAUCUGGGUCCCGUUUCUCAGACAUCAUUUCACUAGGAAACCAGUGGUCAUGUCGUGGAAUGUCUGCUAGGUGAAACAGCUAUACUGUUAGUUGCUUAAAUAAAUAUAAAGCACUGGACACUGUUUCAAUCUCAUUACAGCUGUUGAAGGGUGGAUCUUGUUUAUCACCAAUGUACACGAAGAAGCCCAAGAAGAUGAUAUACAUGACUCGUUUUCUGAGUAUGGAGAAAUAAAAAACCUCCAUGCUAAUCUGGACAGAAGAACUGGUUUUUUAAAGGUAAGUCUUUCCCAAAUAAGAAGUGCAUGA